AUGCCACAGAACGUUGACUACGCCCGCUCACUCCUUACCCAACUCGAGCGCUCCCUCCCACAAAUUAAACCGCUCAACCGCAAACAUGAAGCACAAGCCGAGAUCGCGCGCGACAGACAGCUCCUGAAGCGCAUCCAGACCAUUCUCGACGAAGAAGACGCCAAAGCCGAAGCGAAGGAAGAUGAAGAGGACGAGACCGACGACAUCGAUGACAUCGAUGACGAAUGGAAGGAGCUGUUCUCCAAGCCUGUCGCCCAGAAAGCUAUCUCGCCGGUAUCCAGACUGAAAGACCACCGCGCACCAACACGGCUAUCAGAUUCGCCACCGGAAGUCAAGGAAACGAGCGAAGCUCAACAGACCACGAUGGUCUCCGCAACAGCGACUACUACCACCCCUACACCGGUCCCCACAUCAAUCAGCCUACCAGCACCCCCGACCCUCCGCAACCGCCACACAACCCACCCCGCACUGCCAUCAUCAUCCGAAAAAGCAACGGCGACUGGUAGCAAUACAAAAAAGCUCUCCGAGACGGAAGCUGAACUGAGCACCCACAGAUUGGAACAGGAAGAUCUAACCAGCUCGCUUCUGACGCUCGCUUCGCGAUUAAAGUCCUCCACGCAGAGCUUCCAGGCGAUGCUGGAGGGCGAGAAGUCUGCUUUGGACCGCGCGGUGUCGGGCAUAGACCGCACAAGUACUACAAUGGAGGAAGCGGGCAAAAAGAUGGGGAUGUUGCGCAAAAUGACGGAGGGGAAGGGGCUGUGGGGGCGGAUGAUGCUGUAUGCGUGGAUUUUCGGACUGUGGGUCGUUGCCAUUCUGAUUGUUUAUGUUGGGCCGAAGUUGAGGUUUUGA